ACCAACACAAGGAAAGGCGGAUAAUGAAUGAUUUGACAGCCUAUGGCUACCGAGCCUAAAUUGGAGAAAAGGGGGGGCGGACAAAUUCACUCAACGCAGAAGAUAUUGUCCAUUUCUCUGCAAAAAUGGAACGUGUCUAUAAAGAUCUUGUUUCUAGGGUCUCUGAAAUAUACAAAUUCCAGAAGAAUGACAAAUGCGCUUCAAACCGUGUUAUUAUCGCUCUCAGCGGCCCUCCAGGCUCAGGAAAGUCCACAAUCGCAAAAGCCGUGGCUAGACGUCUCAAUUCGCAAACCGCAAAGCCCCUCGCUACCACACUCCCGAUGGACGGCUUCCACCAUCCAAAGGCAUUUCUGAAUUCACUACCAAAUCGCGAAGAGGCAUAUGCAUGCCGCGGUGCACACUGGACCUUCGACGCAGCGGGGGUACUGCAAUUGGUCAAAAUCCUCCAUCUCGGCAAGACGGACGUACAAAAAGAAACCUUUUACGCGCCGCAAUUUGACCAUGCAGUAGGGGACCCUAUUGAAAACGGUAUCUGUGUGUCCCCGGACAUCUCGAUUAUAAUUCUCGAAGGCAACUACUUGGUCUGUGACAUCGCCCCGUGGUCCGAGAUUGUUAAUUAUGUGGAUGACACUUGGUUCGUGGAUGUUGACAUGGAAAUCGCCAAACAGCGUGUUGCUAGGCGACACCUUGUAAGCAGCAUUGAGAGUACGUGGGAGGAUGCCGUUCGACGAGCCGAGAAUAAUGAUCUUCCCGACGGUUUGGAUAUACGGACGCACUUGAUCAAGCCGGCUGUGGUUGUCCAAAGUGUCGAUGGUUCGAAGAGUCAAGAGGAUUGAAUCCACUGUCGCUGGGUACUGUAUACAUUUGGUGGGAGGAUUGGGGGAGGAAUGGUAUCCAAAAUGAAACAUCUUAUCGUUGUCUUUAAACUUGAUGUGUAUCUAUGAAGACAAUUUUUGUCACGUUCGAUAUAUAUGUGCUUAAAUUGGGCUGUAAAUGACAAGAGCCAUUCUCUCUCCAUUUAUAUCAAUUAGGGCAAUACACAACUACCUUUGACAAGAAAGU